UUGGUGAAACUGCAACAAUACAUUGUUACUCUUGGGAGAGCCUCGUCGGUGCUAGAACUGUUUUUGCUCGUUUGGCCGUCUUCCAGACUUUGUUGUUGAUAAACGUCAGAUUCCGACUAUUUCAAACUUGUUGGAGUAACCGUUUCAGGGAUUACCCACAUGUUUCCUUACGUCGACCAAGUCUCUCUUUUUAACAUUUUUAUCCAGUUAUUAUCAUAAUUUACUGUUGAGCAUAGUUCCGGUUGUAAUUGUUUAAUUUCAUAUAACAUUGUUACUCUUAAACAUGCAUCAUAUAUCAUUAAGUGAUAACUGCAACAAUACAUUAGUACGUUAGGAUUCGGUGUCUCGUGUCUUCAUAAUCCAAAGGACUGGAAUAUUUUUUUAAAUUUCAAAUAAAUACAGAGAUGCUGCUUGCAUUUAUAGCUACGUGUUAUAUAUGGACACUGCAUUCCAGAAUAUAAUAUACGUUUUUUUUUGAAAAAAAUUCGUUCUAGUAUAUUGAAGAUUUCAUAUAAUCAAAAGGGUUUUAAUUAGAUGAUUUAGUAUGAGACAAAUACAAUAAACAAAGAUAGAAAGCAGAGUGGACGAAGAUGAUUGGUAUCUGAAGACUUCUCGUAUUUCUCCAAAAAUGCAUAUCUUAUCAUUAGUAUCGGCAAGAGAUAUCCUGGAUAUUUAGGAUGGCGUAUCUUGUAUUGACAUAGAAGAAGUGUGUAUAUACAAAUAGAUAACCUAAUAGUAGAUAAGGAAAAUGAACUAAGACGAUAACAACAAUUAUGUGUAGUCAUUAUCUCUAAUAUAAUGUAUCACUAUCUGUAUAGAAGCUUAGCUUACUGCGUGAUGAUCAUCAACAUUAGCUGACCGAUGAUGCUAUUCCAUUGACAUUAAGGGUUUGAUUGGUGACAUGUGGUACCAUUGAUUAAGUUUGAUUUAGAAGCAUAACUUAAAAAUAUUACCAAUCAUGAUUUAGUUUUAAGUUUUUGAGUUAAUGUUUGAGUUAUAAUGUGUUAUACUUGAGUUACAAUUUUGAAUUAUCCCUUUGAUAAAAUUGAUAACUCAAUUGCUAACUCAACAUCAAGAAAAAUACCAUGUAUUAGGUUUUAGUUAUAAGUUUUUCUUUUUCUAUUAAUUAGCCCACUUUACCAUUUAAAAAAACUAACAAUUAAAAUACUACACUUCCUUGUUUACGUUUAGCUACAUAGAAUUAUUUAUGUAUAUAUAUAUAUGAGCCUUUUAUUAUUUAAAAGACAUAGACUUAAAUAUCUUUAGUUAAUUUUAACUAUUUUUUAUGUUUUCUAUUUUAUAUUAAAUAUGUAAUAAAUGUUUUUAAAUAAUUAUUAUAUAUUCAUACUAAAAAUUAUUCACUAAAAAGUACCAAUCAAUUAUUAAUAUAUUUUUUCUACUCUAAUUUAUUAAAUAAUAUGUACCACAAUUUAUAUAUUUUUCUACUCUAAAUUUAUAAUAAAUGUUAUUAUUAUCAAUAUCCAUUAUAUUUUCUUGUAAAUAAUAUGUACCACAAUUUAUACAUCAAAAAUGUUACCAAUCAACUGUUUUGAGAAUAUAAUAACUCAAAUUUUCAUAGCAAACUUACUAAAUAAAUUUACAGUUUUUAUCACAUAAUUUUUAUUGCGGAUUACAUCAGACUAUAACUUUUUUUGUAAUUCAUCUCUAAUAAGUGUCACCAAUCAGAGUCUAAGAUUUAAUCUCAAAUCAAUUUAUCGUUCUCACUUUUCAAUUAAAUUAGACUCGCCAAAAGUGUGGAUUAUUUUUUCAUACAAAUAAUUUUUGAGUUGAUAUGCAAUAUAACCAUAUCUUAUCAGUAGUCUUGUACAUGUUUUUAAAAUGAGAAUGAAUUUCUUCUUUGGUCAAUGGUUUAUAUAGUUUUCUUUUUCUAAGACAGGUCUGUUUAUUGAGUGUAUAACGAGUAAACAAAAUGCAUGAUUGCAAUAAUAAAUACAGUUGGUGGUUCUAUCUCUUCGUUUAUGUUGUGUCAACUAUCCACAUGUUUAUAUUAGCGUCGUUAAUCAUAUAAAUACAGUAAAGAAUUAGCUGUAUCAUAACUAACGUUUUAAAUAGUUUAUAAUAAGAUGAGAAAUAGAUAAGCAACGCCUAUGUGUAACUGUCGUGUACAAAUAUAUCGUGAUAAGAUAUGCUCUUUAUUUGGAGCUUCUCGUUUGCUUGCGUCCUAUGCCAAUACUAUAAAAGGAAGCUCAAGUCUUCAGUUUUUAAUAUCGGACCAAAAUACGAAGCCUGUUCUAUGUUCUGUCUCUCCCUAAAAUCAAACGCUUUUCAUUUUCCUUUGGAGAUCGAACGAUGGCGUCGAAGAAAACUCUAGCUCGUAAUUUCUUCAACAUCUCCAAAACCUAUUCCCGGGUUACCCGAAUGCGUCCUCCGACCAAACCCGGCAUUACUCCGGUCGCCGGAGAUUCUGGAAUCCGCCGGAGAUUUAUCCACAAGAGGGCACUUUUCUGGCCGGAGAUAUCUCCUAAAGGAGGUACUCUGAUGGAGAAACUCAGGGAGCUGAGUUUGUCGAACAAUAGGAUUCGCCUCGACGAGAUGUUACCGCCACCGACGCCGGAGAAUACGUCUCCGGGAAUUUCUCAGGCGGUUACGAUGGAAGACGUGAAGAAGCUAAUGAGGGCAGCGGAAAUGGAGAUGGUGAAAACGAGGCUGAGAGAGAUAGGGCAAAACUGGGUUCCCUAUUCGGAGUUUGUUCGGGUAUGCGGAGAAAACAAUUCGGAUCCUGAACAAGGUAACCGGGUCGCGAAUAUGCUUGAGGAAGGCGGAGACGUCAUCGUUUUGGGAAAUUUUGUGUGCCUUAAGCCGGAAGAGCUAACAAACGCUGUGGCUGGUCUGAUUCCGACACAAGAACCCACUCGUGACGCUGCGACAAGACAAGAGUUUGAGCAACUUGAGGUUAUAAAAUCAGAUAUCGACAAAAGAGCCGAAAAUAUGGCGAGGAGAGAGUUAUAUGCAGGAUUAGGGCUUGUUAUAGCCCCAACGAUUGGGUGUUUUAGGUUGACGUUUUGGGAACUGUCGUGGGACGUGAUGGAGCCCAUAUGCUAUUACGUAAGUACGGGUUAUUUCAUGGCUGGUUAUGCCUUCUUCCUACGAACCUCAAAGGAACCUACCUUCGGAGGGUUUUUGAAAAGCCGGUUCGAGAAGAAGCAGAAACAGUUGAUUAAAUCGCUUGAUUUCGAUAUUGACCGGUUUACCAAGCUACAGAAGAUACAUCGUCCAGAGUUGACUGAUUCAGCUGCUCGUUCUUGAUUUAUUUCUUUUUGUUUUCUUCUUAUAUAUGCGGAUACUAAACGAAAUGUAUUGACGCCUAAAGGUUUUAUUGAGAUUAAAAAUAUACUUUAUAAGGAUCUUUUACCUAAUAAAAACUUUCCCUACUUAAUUCCAUAAUUAAUCUAUAGAAUUGCGUCAAUCAAGAAUUCAGUGUAACGAAAAAAACAUUUGUAUAACACGCAAGACCGUUCAAAGUUUCAGAUUAUUACGG